AUGUCUACCCUCGUUGGCACUGUCAAGAUUGCGGGUGACAUCGAAUUCUUCUAUGGGGAUAGUGGUUUUAAUGGUCUCGAUCCCACAAACUACACGACCGUGGGGUUUAUCCAUGAUAUGGGAUUCAAUGGCGCUGUUUUCCGCAAGCUCUUUCCUUUCGGCACCGAGCACAACUAUCGUGUGGUUAGCCUCUACAGGCGGGGGGUAUGGAUCCAUUCGGAUAACAACGAUCACAAGGAGUACCUACAUCUGGCCUGCCUACAGAUCGUCAGGUUUCUGGUGACUUUCAUUGCUUCCCAGUCUAUUCCGAAGUACGCGAACGAACAGAAGACCGGCGGGACCAUUCUUAUCGGGUGGUCUUUGGUGCUGUAUAGCCCAGACGCACUGACAACCGAGGAACUCCGUGAUCUAGAGAGCUACCUCCACACGGUUGUUUACUAUGGUAAUUAA